AUGUCGCCUUUGAACGUCUUCAAACAACCUCUUGCCUUCUUCUCCAACCAACCAGUGACCGGAUAUUAUCGGGACGGGUAUUGUAGGACGGGUGCGGCAGACUAUGGGAAUCAUGCAGUGGCAGGUGUCGUCACAGAAGAGUUCCUGGACUACUCGGCAUCACAGGGCAACGACCUGCGGAUCGCAGGGCUCAGAGAAGGUUGCAAGUGGUGUUUAUGCACAUCUCGGUGGCUGGAAGCACUCGGCGCAUUCAGAGAUGGAAAAAUCAGCAGAAACGGUGUGCCCAAGGUGCAUCUCGAGGCGACUGAAGACAGUGCGUUACGGCGGGUCGAUCUCGAGACUUUCAGAGAGUUCGCAGCCAGAGCCGAGACCAAUGGCGUCAAUGGACAUACCGGUGUAAAUGGCGUCAACGGACACUGA